UGUUCAAAGCGUGGUGGUGCUGGAGAUAGAAGCACGCAGUCCGUCGAUUUCAGCAAGGCGGCCAUGAGGUGGAUUCUCUCAGGCUUCUAAAGCAUCCUGAGAACAUCAGUUUACCGCCUUUCACCGACACUUGCCGAACGACACGUUUCAAACCUGUUUGCAUAGCCUACGUCGUGUCUGCCGGAAAUGGAAGUGCUUCCACAUUUCAUAUUUACAGUAAAAGCCGCUGGAGCAUCCAGAAUUUCAAAAUCUUUGAAAUCAACAUCCAUCAGGGUGUUGAGCUCAGCUUGGAGUAAGAUUUGUGAGUGACUCUUUACGGUUUCCUAUGUGGAGAAUGAAACGGUUUUGCUGACAUGGUCGUUCUACUCACCAACGGGACACCAUUACUCCUCUGUCUGUAACCAUGAUAACCAGCUGGACAUACUAGGCCCUUCACUGACUAGAGGUCACAGAGGUUUGGACCGAUUGCAUACACCACACAAGAAUCAUGUAGUGACCCUCUCUUCACCAAGGGGGGCGGGUCGUUUUUUUGUAUUUUUUAUAUUACUUUUUUUCAACUUUUGUAUAUUUGUGGAUGACUUGGUGAAGAGGACAUGGGUCUCCAUGCCUCUCCCUACCCUAGUGCCUUGCUAUGUUUCCUGGAUGGUCUGUCCUGGGGGUUCAUCUUCCCCUGCUACUGGCUGCUGAACUGCCUGCUGGGCUCGUGCGUGCCCACCUCCCUGGAGAAGCGGCGUCGCUCCCAGGACCCCUGCUCCUUCUCCUCCCUCAGCAUCCUGGUGGUGGUGCCCCUGUACCUGCUGCUGCUACUGGCCUCGCUGCCUUUCGCUCUGUUGGGCUUCCUGGUGUGGGCGCCGCUGCAGACGGCACGGCAGUCCUACCUCUACACCCACCAGCCAGUCAGUGACAAGCAGCGGGCAGCUGAGCAAGGGGCGGGGCUGGUGCCAGGGGAGUGGCGUCCACAAGGGCGGAGCUUCUGUUUCAGCAGCGCGAAUGUGUGCCUGCUGCCGGACGCACUAGCCCGCUUCAACAACCUGGCAGACACUCAGUCCCGUGCGGGAGAAGUGGGCAGACGCAUCCGCAAUGGAGCCAGCCGCCCGCAGAUCAAGAUUUACAUCGAUUCCCCGACCAACACCUCCAUCAGCGCUGCCUCCUUCAGCAGUCUGGCCAUGCAGAGCAAUGCCGGGGGCUUCAGACGCACAUCCUCCCUGGACCAGCGGCCGGAAUCAGAGCCUGCUGAGAGCUCCGCGGGAGACUGCCCAGUGCACCAGUCGCCAGAUGGCCCCAUCCACCGCACUGCAAGUCCACCCACUAUCGCUACAUCAGCAGAAUGCCCUGCCCAUCCACCAGUAGCCACGCCUCCCAUCACCACAUCAGCAGAAUGCCCCGCCCACCAAUCUGUAGCCAUGCCUCCCAUCACCACAUCAUCAGAAUGCCCCGCCCACCCAUCAGUAGCUACCCCUCUCAUAACCUCAUCAGCAGAAUGCCCCGCCCACUCCUCACCUGUUAUAGGCUCCGCCUCUGAUUGCCCUCUGCACUCAGAACCUCUGCCUUCAUCCAAUCAGGACACCCAAGACUGCCCUCUCCACCCUUGUAGUCAGAGUGUCCCAGACUGCCCUCUCCACCCCUCAAGUCAGAGUGUUUCAGACUGCCCUCUCCACCCCUCCAGUCAGAGUGUUCCAGACUGCUCUGUUCACUCCUCUGGAGUGCAGAUCAGCAUCAGUGCACCAGAGGCCAAUGGGCGUCAGGAGCCCCCAAGAAACCAUCGUCCUGACGCUGACACAGGCAGUCUGGACAGUCGUACCGCCUCCCGUGAGUCUCUCACUCGUUUCCAUGGUGAUGGCGGCGGAAGUGGGGGUGGUGUACCGUCCAACAACACACUAUCACACCGUACCUCUGUGUUUAAGCGCCACGUGGGCCGCAAGCGUCGCCAUGGUGAUGAUGGCUUUGACCAUGAAAUCUCAGCUUUCUUCCCGGCCAACCUCGACUUCCUGUGUCUGCAGGAAGUGUUUGAGGAGCGGGCCGCAGGCUCUCUAAGGCGGCAGUUGCAUCGCUACUUCCCCUACUUGCUUAGUGACGUGGGCCGCUAUGCAUGGAGGGGUUGCUGCUCACGCUUUAAGUUUCUCAACAGUGGCCUGCUCCUUGCUAGCCGCUACCCAAUCCUAGACGCCCACUUCGAGUGCUACCCCAAUGGGCGAGGGGAGGACGCGCUGGCCUCUAAGGGCGCACUGUUUGCCAAGGUGCAGGUGGGGACCUCCAGCACAGGACAGAGGGUCGUGGGCUACAUCGCCUGCACACACCUGCAUGCCAUUGAGGGGGAUGCGGCUGUACGCUGUGAGCAGUUGGACUUGCUGCUGGAGUGGGGGAUGGUGUUCCGUAAGGCUACAUCCUGCCCAGUAGGAGAGAAGGGGCUCGAGGACCAGGUGGCUUUUGACGUCAUCCUGGGCGACCUCAAUUUUGACAACUGCUCCUCAGAGGAUAAGCUGGAGCAGCAGCAUGUACUCUUCACUCACUAUAAGGACCCAUGUCGCUUGGGUGCAGGGGAAGACAAGCCAUGGGCACUGGGUACACUACUAGACACAGAUGGACUUUAUGACGAGGAAGUCAGUUCACCAGAGAGUCUCCAAAAGGUGAUGGAGAAUGAGGAGGCGAGGAAAGAGUACUUAGUCUAUCCCAAGAGCAAAAACCAGUGCCACAGUCAGAAAGGCCGGAAAAUACCACUCAAAGGCAACGGCAGGAGGAUCGAUUACAUCCUGUACCGCGAAGAUGGCUUACAGCCUGAAUGGAAAGUGGACAUUGAGGAGUUCAGCUUCAUCACACAGCUGGCUGGCCUCACUGACCACCUGUCUGUGGCCAUCAGACUGGCCGUGGCCACCGGCGAAGAAGAGCCGUAGGAACAGACAAACACACACACACACAGACACACACAGAGACAGACAGACACACACACGUCCUUUGACACCACAGAGGACAGAGUGAGCACCUAGCCUACGGCCCAUGGUGCUCCUCAUUGCAGGUUUCCCCUACAGGUUCACUGACAGCAAUUCAAACCAUUUGGCCCUUUAAUGAACAGGUGCAAAAGGUUGUGUACUCUACUCCAGAGGACGGGUGCAAUUAAACAACCUUUUCUGUUAAAUGGGAUAGUUUACACCAACAAAAAUCAAAUCUCAUGACUUUUCCAAAACCUUCAGUGUAUUUUAUGAAUUUUACGUGUUUGCCCAGGUCUUAUAAAUGGGAUUUUAAUAUCAUGAUUUCUCCAUGAUUCCCAUGGCUGUGGGAAGCCUGCUAGUUGACUGACGACUCUAAGAUAACCACACCAUCAGAACCCACCCACCCAACCACACACACACACACACACACACUGCCUUGUGAGUGUAUCCUCACAGAGACUAAAGACACAGAUACUCUCUUUUGUCCUUACUGAACAUGUGAUCUUUUUGGAUCUCAUAUCUAUAUGGAUUUAUAACAAAAUAGUAAUAGUUUAUAAAAAUGGCUGAAUGAUUUCCUGUACUUUAUUGAAUUGUAUGUCAGGUUUGUGUGUUAAUGCCGUUCAGAUAUGUAAUAAAUGGGUGUGGGCAUAGAGAGAAAUGGGUGUGGGCCGUAAGGGGUGGAGUUCUGUGUUGUCAUGACACCUCUCUGUGUUGUCAUGGUUAUGGAGUGUGUGUGUGU